CCUGAGAACUCGAGUCCCGUGUCGUGAGCACUGAGGCGUAUAAAGGGAGUAUCGCGGUUGUAAUCUUGACUUCAGCCUCAAUCGCUAUGGUAGAAUUCGUUCAACGGCGUCGAAUUUUUGUGUUUUCUCAUGCUCGAACAUGCUCCAACUUAUUUCUUCGCCUCCUGGAAAGCCAUCCUGCGUUAGGAGUCAAACUGUACCCGUUCAUGUAUGCAAUGUUAUGGGGGCCUGAAAGCCCGAGUAGGAGAACAGAAAACGUUGAAGAUCCGUUGUUAGACGAAUUAAAGGAGAAGUAUUCAAACGCCACUUUUCAGUCCCAACUUCAAGAGUUUGAAUGCGCGAUUACGGAGAUAGAAGCUCAGGGGAAAAUUCUCGUCGUCAAAGAACACCCGUACCAUAUGAUGUAUCCGCACAUAACACUGGACGACAUCACGCCUGAAGACAGACCAAUCGCGCCCAUUGUGGACAACCUACUGGAUCUUCCAGAGGCUGAGAGAAACGUCGGGGCCGCGGCGACGCCACUCCUACCCAUCCCAAACCCAACAUUCCUUCCAGACCGCCUAUUUGUGACAUUUACUCCCAUUUUGACCAUUCGCCACCCGUGCCGCCUCAUUCCCUCUCUUAAACGAGCGAUGGAAACCAUCGGAGCUCCGUUCCCCAACAAGGACAGCCCUUGGGAUACACAGUUUAAGUGGCAGCGAAUGGUAUAUGACUGCUACAAGGCAUGGUUUUCCACCCCAGAGGGAAUUGAGGCAGCAGGAGGUGCCUCGAUUGCGAAACAUCUGCCCAUCGUCGUCGACGGGGAUAAACUCGUGAAUGACCCGCAAGGGCAGAUGGAAACUUUGUGUCAGAUUUUAGAACUGGACCCGUUCGGGAUUCAGUAUUCAUGGGAUGUUCGAGAUUCUAUAGGGCACGAUGCUUUCGCUGGGACCCUCAGCAAAUCCACUGGGAUCAUUAAAGGCAAAGACGGGAGCGAUAGAACGCCAGAAUUAGAUGUGGAGAUGAAGAAGUGGACGAAUGCGUGGGGCGAGGAGACGGCGAACGGCAUUGAAAUCUUGGUGAACAAAAUGAUGGAAGACUACGAAUACUUGUUUGAGCGUAGCAUCUGACGCCAAGUGUAACACUGUAGAGGACUCGUCAGAGAAACAAGCAACAGGUAAAAUUUGUCGACUUACUGUAUCA